AUGCUUCGUAGCCAGUUAACGAUGCUGCUGGGUCUUCUCAGUGGGGCGUGGCUACCCACAGGCUCAGGGAGGCCUGGGGCCCCAUCCGCUCCUGCUCAGGCCUGGGCUGCUGCCAAUCAGAGCUGGACUCUGGACCCUCUGGUACCAGCCUCUGCCCUGGGUAGCUGGAAGGCCUUCCUGGGCCUGCAAGACAAACGGCAAGGGACAGGUGGGCUGCAGGGAGGACACAGAGUGCCGUCUGGUGUGUCUUUGCCCCUGGCCCCCCAGGAAGUGCUCCAGGAGACUUGUAAGACUGUGGCCUUUAUUCAGGUGCUCUCCAGGCCUGGCUGCACAGCUGGCAGGGUCCUUAAUCAUCUCUGUUUCGGCCACUGUUCCUCCUUCUACAUCCCAAGCUCGGAUCCCACCCCGGUGGUCCUCUGCAACAGCUGUAUGCCAGCUCAGAAGCGCUGGACGUCGGUGGGGCUGUGGUGUGGAGUUGGCCACGCCGCCUCCCCUCGGCGAGUGAGGAUGUCGGUGGCCGUGGUGCAGAGGUGCCAGUGCCGGCCGAAGCUGUGAGCUGAGCAUCGUGGAAGACUGCACAGGACAAGAACCUCAGAAAGACGCAGAGAUGCAGUGGAAAGACGUGACCUGAAUGAUGUAGAUCAGGUCAAGAGAGCAGGGUUAGGACAGACGGACAGACCCACAAGGUUCUCAUCUUGCUCCUGGAACACGAGACAUGGUCCCCCAGUCAUGGGUUUAGACUGCCAAUAGUCAUAGCAUGUGGGGCUGGGGUGUAACUCAGCGGGAAAAGCCUUGCCUACCAUGCACGGCACGAAGCCCUGGGUUCCAUUCUUAGCUGGGGAUAUGUGGAGAGAAAAGGUGAAAAUUCCUGUGAGGGAGGAAAUAUUCCUUCCAUAAGCACUAACUCACGUCAUCCUCAAGAAUCACUCCUCAGCAGUCCCGCAGGGGAGGAUUUCACCAUAGGUCAUUUUGCAGAUGAGGAAACCGAUGCCACUGAGGCAUUGUUACUUUUUUGGGGGUGGUGGUGAUCGAGACACAGGCCUGCACACGCGCAGCACAGCUUCCCGUUUAGCCCCUGCCCCAGCCUGGGGUGCCGCUGUUGACCACGAGGUGGCACUGCGUCUCUCUGUCCGGGCCGGACUCUCCUGCUAGGAUGACAGCACCACCCAAACCCGGACACUCAGCAAAGAUGACCCCGUUCUAGGGACACCAGAAAAACAGCAGCAGCAACAACAAAAAACCAUGGCAGCAAGCGGGAAGCAGCUGCUUGGAAAACCUGGCCCCAACCAGAGGCGACCCCGAGUGAGCGCAGCUGCCUCUCUCAGUGACAGUGGCUGGGGUUUCCCUUAUUGCCCCACCCGAGUCCCCGUA